AUGUCGGACAAUCUCGCAUGUAGGUGUGAUAGAGGAGGCGACGAAACAUAUGAUCGUGAGAAAAGUCUUCAAAACUGGCUCAGUACUCAAUGUGCCAAGGAGAUCAGCCAUCUUCGCCUUGCAAUCGCUGCCCAGAUUAUCGAACAAAUGCGUGCGAACAUACGAGAAUAUACCCAUUUCUUUUGCUCUGGAGGUGUAGCUAACAAUAAGGUUUGCUGGAAG